AAGGAGGGAUUGGGUUUUUCAUUUUUGAAUCCCAAGUCCCAGCCACUGGAGAGCUACUCAAGAGAAACCUCACUCUCACUGAUUCUUUUUCAAUGGGCCUGCUCUCAGUUUCUUCUCCACUUCCCUCCCUAGGGUUUCCCAAUCUCCGCACCACCUCUUUCCGCAAGCCCUCUUCCUUCUCCCUGCGCCCCCUUAUCUCCGCCUCACUCUCCUCCUCUCCAUCUCUCAAGGCCCUCAAUCCCAAAACCCUAGAUUCAGUUUUAGCCCUUCCACUAACCCAUGGCUCUCAGACGCCGGGCAUGGGCGCCAGAGGGGCGGAGGCGGACGCUAUGGGCCUGCUUCUGAAGGAGAGGAUCGUCUUCCUUGGGAACAACGUGGACGACUUUGUGGCCGAUGCCAUAAUCAGUCAGUUGCUGUUGUUGGACGCUCAGGACCCCACCAAGGACAUCAGGCUCUUCAUCAAUUCCCCUGGUGGCUCCCUCAGUGCUACAAUGGCUAUUUAUGACAUUGUACAGCUGGUUAGGGCAGAUGUUUCCACAGUUGCACUUGGCAUUUCUGCAUCAACAGCUUCCAUAAUCCUGGGUGGUGGUACCAAAGGCAAGCGUUUUGCAAUGCCCAACACACGGAUAAUGAUUCAUCAACCUCUUGGAGGUGCUAGUGGCCAAGCAAUAGAUGUGGAAAUUCAAGCCCAGGAAAUUAUGCAUAAUAAAAGUAAUGUCACAAAAAUUAUCGCAGGUUUUAGUGGUCGCUCAUUUGAACAAGUCGAGAAAGAUAUUGAUAGGGAUCGUUACAUGUCUCCAAUUGAAGCAGUUGAAUAUGGAAUAAUUGAUGCUGUUAUUGAUAGAGAUAGCAUUAUUCCACUUGUGCCUGUGCCAGAAAAGGUGAAGUCAAGACUGAAUUAUGAGGAAAUCAGUAAGGAUCCAAGGAAAUUCUUGACACCAGAUAUCCCUGAUGAUGAGAUAUACUAGUUGAUAUAUUUGAUACAGGUUUUCAGGAUGUGAUUGCCUCUUCUUAGUAAUGGAGCUGUCCACAGCAGAACUGAAAAUACCAAUGUUAUGUUUUAGCUGCUUCAGGAUCCCAUUUUACUUCCAUUUAAAAAGGAUUUUGAUUUUCAACACUCUCUUUCAUGUGAACCAGUGUGCACACUAUAUUUUUGGUCUGGUUACAGCCAAAACAGAUUGCAUUUACUCUUUUAAGGCAGUAUGUCUUGGUGAUGCAGAGAGAGCUAGGCAGUGGUCAGGAUAUGCAGCAUUUCAUCAAAAUUGAUAAUUGUGACCUUGCUUUUGUCAGUGGGGUUGGCAUUUGUAAUAGGUUUUCAGUAGUUUGUUUCAAGAAUAUUAUUACACAAGUGCGUUUUGCUUUGCUGCUAUCUGGGAAGUCAGAACUGUUCUACCUUCCUGCCAUAUGAGGUAUCAUGACUGCCAUUGGCGUUUGUACUACGAUUCUGUUUGUUUCUUUCAAGAAAUAUAGCAUUAGGGUUUAACAGCAA